AUGAUAUAAUAGAAAAAAUAUUUUAACAAACUAGAAGAAUUUUUAAGCUCUUCCCUUUAAUCGUUCUAGAUACUCCAUAUUGAUCUGAAUAAUCAGGAAAAUUAAAUUAGUGAUAUAAAUGCAUCAGAUUUAGGUUUUGGUUUAGGAAAGUGCACUAAUCUCUCAUAUUUGACACUAGGUCUAGAGUAAAAUUAAAUUGGUGAUAAAGGUGCUUAAGGAUUAAGUUCUGGUCUAAGAAAGUGCAUUAAUCUCUCAAAUUUGACACUUUAACUUUAGAGAAAUAAAAUUGGUGUAAUUGGUAUAUAAAGCUUAUUUUCUAGUUUAGAAAAGUGCACCAAUCUCUCAAAUUUGACACUAGAUCUUUGGUAAAAUUAAAUUGGUGAUGAAGGUGCAUCAGGCUUAGGCUCUGGUUUAGAAAAGUGCACGAAUCUCUCAAAUUUGACACUUGAUUUAAGGUCUAAUUAAAUUUAUGCAAUUGGUUCAUCUGACCUAGGUGAUUCUUUAGGAAAGUGCACUAAUCUCUCAAAUUUGACACUAGAUCUUUGGGGGAAUACAAUUGGUGCAAUUGGUGCAUCAGUCAUAGGUUAUGGUUUAGGAAAUUGCACUAAUCUCUCAAAUUUGACACUUAAUCUAGAGAGAAAUUAAAUUGGUUCAUCAGGUGCAUCAUGCUUAGGUUUUGGUUUAGAAAAUUGCACUAAUCUCUCAAGUUUAACACUUAAUCUAGGGUAUAAUUAAAUUGGUGACGAAGGUGUAUUAGAACUAGGUUCUGGCUUAUAUAAGUGCACUAAUCUCUAAAAUUUGACACUUUAACUUUGGUCGAAUUAUAUUGAUGUUCAAGGUGCAUCAGACUUAGGUUCUGGUUUAAGAAAGUGCACUAAUCUCUCAAAUUUGACUCUUUAUCUAAGGUAAAAACAGUUUAUUUGUUUUAUAUUAUGA